AUGGCGGAUCUCCCAGAAGAUCCGGUGUCAUCUCCGACUUUCAAAGCCUCUCCUGAGCUUCUCCACUUGUGUAAAAUGGACUCUCUAAUGCCUUCAUCUAGCAGGAGCCUUCAACACACAAAGGAACUUCCUUCCUCGCCAUCAAUUUCAUCGAUUUUGUUUGGAGAAGAUGCCCUAACUGUUCGUGCUCCCCUUCGUGAACAACCUCCAUCCUCUACGACAAAGGUAACAACCAGGAUUGUUCCAUCUCCAAAGUCGAUCUCUAGUGUUUUGUUUGGGAAUGAAGCACUGGAUGUCGGAGGAUUGUCGCGCCAAGCCUCUCAAGCGCAUCUAGGAGCUUGGGCAUCGCCGCUUAAGUUCUCAGAUACCUUUAGUGGCUCUGUCGGUAAACCUUCAAACUUGGAAGAUUCCUUGUCGCCAUCCUCUGCAGUAGGAGAUGAUCUACAUGCUAUCUCAAGCGAGUAUCCAUGGGAAGCGAAGAUGCGAUCAAAAUGCAAUCUCCAUAGGGUCACCACCCCCACCUACUUGGAAGACGGCACUCCAAUGGUAUGCAUUCCGCCAUAUGUUCUUCUGAAAGGAUUAGAUCAUCAACGUGAAUUCAUUGUUGGUCAGUUCAAGAACUGUUCAGCACCGCCUGGAGGGUUAAUCCAUGGAAUGGCUACCCGAAUUUGGGAAACAAUCUCUCUCCCUGAAAUCAAGACAAUUCCAAUAUGGUUGGCCCUUAAGAACAUCCCUUUCCAGCUAUAUUCCAUUGAGGGCAUUGAUUGGAUUGCUUCAGGCAUCGGGGAACCAAUGUUGACUGGCAAGCCUUGGUUAGAUCCACCAUCUAUUGGAGAAGCAAAAAUCUUAGUCGAGGUAAAGCUAGACAGGUCGUUCCCUAAACGUGUGGCUUUACAGCACAAAGAAGGAACCAUAAGUUUGGUUGACAUCGUUUACUCUUGGCUUCCCUCUAGCUGCACAACUUGUGAACAGUUGGGAUAUAAAGCUAAUCGUUUCUUAGGAGAGAAAUCAACAAAGGUUGCAACUAAUGCUCCAAAGAACACCCAAGUUACUGUCUCAGAAGUCUUAGCUACAAGUAAAGAGGUUGAUGUUGCUUCUACUCAUUCAGCUUUGCUUCAAAAUACUGCAUCAAUGGUUCCUAUUCCUACUUUCUCCACUGCUACUACUACCUACCUUGCACUUCCACCUUCGUUGGCAAUAGAGCAAAUUACUGCUCUUACAAACACUGAGACAUCAACUGAGACUGCUACUUUCUCUCCUUCUGGUGAUGAACAAGACUUAAAUAAAUCUCCAACCACUCCUAAGCAAAGUACUGAGUCUGCUACUCUUAUUGAUGAAGAUAACAACAUGUGCUUAGUGUUGUCUUCGGUAAACACAACUGAUCCAAGAUGUGAUAGAAACAAAUUGGAUGCUACUGCGGGUUUAGAAGUGUCAGGUCCGACAAAUGAGAUUGACUCGUCUAAGGAAGCGGCUGAGAUUGCCUCUGUCAACGACAUUGUCUCUGUCUCAUCCUCCCAUGCUGUAAACUUACCUCUGGAUAAAGUAUUUGCUUCCUCUCCACCAAUUUUUGUAACAGGACCUGGUACAGCCGGUGCUUCUUUUACUUCAGAUGACGACUUGAUCCAUAGAACUCGGGGAGAUAGACUCAUUAAACCAUCUCUUAAAGGUACAGAGUUUGAAUGGACAUUGGUGGGAGGAAGAGGUAAACGGGGACGUGGUCGUGGUCCUAAACAUUAG